AUGAGUAGACAUUCAUUACAAGACCAAACCAACAUCCCGUUGAUAGUUACAACGAAUGAUGCGGGAACAGCGCGAUCAUCAACUGGCACUUCGUUUGAUUCAGGAAGUUACAAAGCGAAAUCAUCGCGAAGUUAUGUGCGAUCGCAAAAACUUAAUAGUGAACAUCGAAAUAAAUCAGUGCCGUAUAAUCUUCAGGUACUCCUGAAACUAAAAGUCGAUAACCGAGAAUUUUCUGUUGUCUGCUGUUUUAAUAAAGCUUAA